CCAGAGUAGUCGUUUGAAUUAUAAAUGCUUUGCAAACAGCAAUCUGUCUGAUGAAAUGAACUAUUACUUUUAUUUUAUAUUGAUAAUAGUGCUUCAUUCCACCAAAUUAUUUGACAUCAGCCAAGCUCAAAAACGUAAGGAUGGGCGAGGAAAAGCCAAAUACAAUCGCAAUUCAGCCAGGCACAAAGUUAUUCGUUGUUGUGGUGCACAGUCGUGUACUCAAUUCAGCGCCAUAUUCAAAGCAACAACUGCAAUAACUAAUGGGUCUGCCUCUUCCGCGUCGACAAUGACGUUGAGAGUGACAAAUGUCCAAGUUACGCUAUCUGAAACGCAAUCGUCCGAAAUCAGCGAUGCCCCUGUUCAAUCAGUGGAAACAACAACAGCAAUCAUCAAUGAAAUUACUUCAGCUCUAUCUUCGAGUGAACAAAAUUUACCAGCCGUGUCAGACUCCACAACAGAAACCACUGUAACGAUCCAGAGCGAAACUCCGGUCUCCUCCAUACUUCCAGAUCCAAUAACUAAAAUGCAAGCAGAUGAAACUACCUUAUCAACAUUUGCACAAGUUGAAAGCACUACAAAUUUGAAUAGUUUGCAACAUAGUAGUUUAGCGGCACCGGAAGCCUCUCAAAAAAAUGUUCCAAGUUCAUCCUCAACGUCAAAUUUACAAACCAUAAUGGGAACAACAAAUGGUACAAUAGCUGGAACAACCGAAAUAAUAGGUGGAUCAACAACUGGAAAAAUUGCUGGGACAACAACUGCAAUCACUGACAUGAAGACGAUCAUUUUCAUAAAACCGACUGCAGCACCGACGAAAGCACCAGAGAUUUAUCCGAAAUGCCCAACAUCAUGUCAACGUGAUGCAUCACUGUUAGAUCUUGAUAUGUCAAUAAGAGAUCCAUUUGCCCACGGAUUUUGGAGAACUACGUGCGGAAGUCUUUUUGUGUUUGGAAAAACUUUGGCAAACUGGCAGCAGAACUUUGAUAAAUGCUGCAGUCUUGGAAUGGUACCAAUAUUCUUUGAGGCACGGGAUAAAUUUAUGUGCUUCAAUCGAAUGAUAAAUGGGUUCAAUUGGCCAUACAAUACUCGGUAUUGGACAUCAGGCUUGCGUGACAGUCCUUCCAGAUUUGUAUUUUGCCAAACCACAGCAAACGUAUCAUCUUACUAUUGGGAGUCUGGGGAACCCAACAACGUUAACAAGUCGGAAAAUUGUGCUCAGCUUAUAAUAAAGCCAGGAAACAACACUGCACUAUUAGCUGAUAAGUACUGUGGAGAAAUCAGUGCUUUUGCCUGCAUGGGGCCGACAACACCAAAGCCAGCCUGUUCUGCGCCCCAGUGCCCAAAUAUCACCUGCACGUCUAAUAGCAAUUUUUUUUCAAACAAUUCCAGUCCUGUCGCCAUCAAUUACUUAAAAAACCCUUCAAUGCACGGGCAGUGGUUUUCAACGCAAGGAAGAUAUUACGUUUUCAGUUACCCAAACGACACUCGGUCGUAUGAACAAUCACUGAUGGCAUGCUGCUCUAUUGGCUUGAAGCUCAUCAGUUUGCACCAAGAUUUCAUUUUUGAUCUAAUAAAAAAUGCUUUUAAAGAUGGAAAAAUAUCACAGGCACAGUUUUGGACAUCUGGUACCGACUUAGGCUGCGAGGGUAGCUUUGGGUAUUGCUCGUCAAAUAGACUUCUUAGAAGGGAAGCAAGAUGGGGCCUCGGACAACCAGAUGAUUUAACCAAAAGCCAAAAUUGCUUGGCAAUCUAUGUCAAUAUGACGGAUUCUCUACUGAGUGAUGAGGAUUGCAAUCUAAAAAUGCGCUACAUUUGCCAAGGAAAGUCUCCGAGGACUAUCGAAACGAUUCAGAAAGAGUGUGCCGACCUAUACUCGUUGACAGCUGGGCAAGUAUCAAGGCUUCGUAACGACAGCGCGAAAAAUGUCGCAGAAAAAUGUUUUUUAAAAUGCUUUGGAGAGGAAACGGGAUUUAUGAAGGAUGGAGAUUUAGUGCAGGAAAAAAUUCUCGCCCAGUUUCAAUCGCUGUCACAAGGCAACGUAGACAAGCUUUCCGAAUCAUACAGCACUUUCGACUAUUGCACGCAUGUUACAAAGGGAAUGGAUGAUUGCGACAGAGCUUCAGCCCUGAUGAAAUGCGGACAAGUAAAUUCACCAGAACUCAUUUCAAGCCUGCUUGAUAACCUAGAAAAUACAUUUAAGGAUGGCUCCGUUGAUGACGCUGUUGUUAUGUUACCGAACCAGUCAUCCACAUGCCCUAUUCACAAAUGUGUUGUGGAUGUGGAUUUGAAAGCAACUUUUGAUGGAGCGCCAGCAAAUUCUUCAUUUAAAUCUAUUUACGGUACUGGAAAAGUGGCCGAGGCAUGUGGAAAAAGGUUGCUGGGCUUGAUUAUGCCACUCUCGAUGGCAAUUAAUAAAUCAAGUUUUCCUGAAGCGUUUGCAAUUUGCUGCAAAUUCGGCCUCAGACUGUUCAUGUUUGAUACUACAACAAAGCAAACGUGUUUGAGGACUCAAGUUUAUCUUAUGGAUUAUCCAACGGGUGUAUCUGGUUACUUAAUUGCUGCUUACUACAUUGACCCAAGCGUAAAUAAAACGGCAAUAACGUGUCCAUCAAGACAGCUGGUGAUGCAACAAAAGGAAAUAGUUGAGCAGAAUACAAAUGCACAAGGAUUCUUUCUCACUAUUAAAACAUUUAGUGGUAUUUUUUUUCCGUACCGCAAUCCUUCCUCAGAGAAAAUUCUUUGUGAAAGCAAUUGAAAUUAUAAGUAUGCACUGACUGAAAAUAAAAUAUAAAUGCGAUU